GACUAUAAAAGCCGUUGCCUGGAGAACGCCGCGCAUUAAUCGUUUGAUUCCGACGAGACGUGCGUGGUUGAUAGCGGAAGCUCCAUUACUUGCUGCGUCUAUCGACCGCUCCUUUUCUUCGUUGAAGCAUUAUCCGUUAGGAAUAAAGUAGCAAAAUGCGCGAGUGCAUCUCAAUUCACGUUGGUCAGGCUGGAGUACAGAUUGGAAAUGCCUGCUGGGAACUUUACUGUCUGGAGCAUGGCAUCCAGCCGGACGGGCAAAUGCCAUCCGACAAGACCAUCGGUGGUGGCGACGACAGUUUUAACACUUUCUUUAGCGAGACUGGUGCUGGCAAACACGUUCCUAGGGCGGUAUUCAUCGACUUGGAGCCAACAGUAGUCGAUGAGGUUCGCACCGGCACUUACCGCCAGUUGUUCCACCCUGAGCAAUUGAUCACGGGCAAAGAAGAUGCCGCCAACAAUUACGCUCGCGGUCACUACACGAUCGGCAAGGAGAUUGUCGAUUUGGUUUUGGAUCGUAUCCGCAAGUUGGCUGAUCAAUGCACUGGUCUUCAAGGAUUCCUCAUCUUUCACUCGUUCGGUGGCGGCACCGGCUCAGGCUUCACCUCCCUGCUGAUGGAACGUUUGUCCGUGGAUUAUGGCAAGAAAUCAAAACUGGAAUUCGCCAUUUACCCCGCGCCCCAGGUCUCCACCGCCGUUGUCGAGCCGUACAACUCUAUCCUGACCACGCACACCACACUGGAACAUUCCGACUGCGCUUUUAUGGUCGACAACGAGGCCAUUUACGACAUCUGUCGUCGUAAUUUGGACAUCGAGCGACCGACCUACACGAACCUCAACAGACUGAUUGGACAGAUUGUGUCCUCCAUCACUGCAUCCCUGCGCUUCGACGGCGCCCUCAAUGUCGAUCUGACCGAGUUCCAGACCAACUUGGUACCUUACCCGCGUAUCCACUUCCCUCUAGUGACGUACGCGCCGGUAAUCUCUGCGGAGAAGGCUUAUCAUGAACAGCUAUCCGUCGCCGAGAUCACCAAUGCCUGCUUCGAGCCGGCCAAUCAGAUGGUCAAAUGUGACCCUCGACACGGCAAGUACAUGGCCUGUUGUAUGCUGUACAGAGGCGACGUCGUGCCCAAAGACGUGAAUGCCGCAAUCGCGACCAUUAAGACAAAGCGCACCAUCCAGUUCGUCGACUGGUGCCCGACGGGCUUCAAGGUCGGCAUUAAUUAUCAGCCGCCGACCGUCGUACCUGGUGGCGACCUCGCCAAGGUGCAACGUGCCGUCUGCAUGUUGUCCAACACCACCGCCAUCGCAGAGGCUUGGGCUCGAUUGGACCACAAGUUCGAUCUGAUGUAUGCCAAGAGGGCGUUCGUGCAUUGGUACGUCGGUGAGGGUAUGGAGGAGGGCGAGUUCUCGGAAGCGCGUGAGGAUUUGGCCGCUCUCGAGAAGGACUACGAAGAAGUCGGUAUGGAUUCCGCAGAGGGCGAAGGCGAAGGAGCUGAGGAAUACUAAAAGACACGCUUCGCUCUUUUCAUGUUCGAAAUGUUUCCGCAUUUCUUUUCCUUUUUUCAAUCGUAUAACGGGACACAAGUCUAAAUAAACUAUCUGAUUUGCAAGUAUAA